CGGCUCUCCCUCCAUUUCCCUCCGGGCCGAAACUUCUCAAAACACCCACCGUGCAGCCGGUCCAUGAACCGCCCACCGCCCACCAAUCCCCACCUCACAAACCGAGCCCUCCUCUCUUCCCGUACACCGCCGCCACUCCCCCAUCCCCCACCCCACACCACCAACGGCAAAACCCUCCCCCAAAUUCGAAACCUCCCCUCCCCUCCCCUUCCGCCGAUUCGAUGGAGGCGCCGCCGCCGCUGACGCCGGGCGCGGUGAUGGAGAUAUGGGAGCUCCCGAACGGGCCGGCGAGGUUCCAGCCGGUGCUGCAGGUCGCUGACCUGCGCCCCGUCGUCGCCAAGAACACGACCGCGGCGGCGGCCGCGGCGCAGCACUCGGAGCGGUUCCGCAUGCUGCUCUCCGACGGCGUCCACUCCCAGCAGUCCAUGCUCGGCACCGGCCUCAACGACCUCAUAAAGGACGGAACCCUCCGCGUCGGCUCCAUCGUCCACCUCACGGACAUGACGUGCAACACCAUCCAGAAACGCAGGAUCGUUAUUGUUGUCAAACUUGAAGUUCUUCAAAGUGAGUGCGCCAAAAUCGGGACACCAAAGGUUUAUGAGAAAAGCUUACCUGAGGGACAGGAGCCUAGCUUACCAGCCAAUGCUGCUCAAACAAACAGUGGAAACUAUUCUGGUGGCCCAGGCAUGCUGGGGUCUACAGUUGCCCCAAAGGUGGAGCAGAUUGGUAACAAUCUGUCAUAUGGUAGAGCCAACAACAGGGGCCCAGGCGUUGACUCUUCAAUUUGUCAGCCUGUUCAACCUGGCGCUAACAAUGUGUUGUCUGGUGGAACUUAUGGUACAAUGUCAGCACAGAACACAAUGAAUGCCUAUGUGGUGCAGCCAAACUCUCAUCAAAACCAAAGUUCUGCGCUUCCUGGCACAGGUGGGGGCUUUGGCCCUCCUGGCAAUAUAUAUGGGCCCCCUGCACAGCCUUCAUAUCAGCAGCCACCUCCACCCCAUAGAAAUAGUGGCCCAGCUGCUAAGAAUGAAGCUGCUUCUCGUGUUAUUCCAAUUUCUGCACUGAACCCAUACCAACGUACAUGGACAAUAAAGGCUAGGGUGACUGCGAAGGCUCAUGUCAGGCACUUCAAUAAAGCAAAAGGUUCAGGAAAAGUCUUCUCCUUUGAUCUCCUUGAUGCACAGGGUGUAGAAAUUCGUGCAACAUGCUUUGACGCGGCAGUUGAUCAGUUCUAUGACGUAAUUGAGGUUGACAAGGUGUACUUGGUAUCUAGGGGAUCACUAAAACCUGCAAACAAGAGGUUUAACCCUUUAAACAAUGACUAUGAAAUGAACCUUGAGCCUUCAUCAUCUAUAGAAGUUUGUUCUGGUGAUGAUAGCAGCAUCCCUAAGCUGCAGUUCAAUUUCCGGCAGAUCAGCGAAAUUGCAAACAUGGAUAAAGAUACCACGAUAGACUUGCUUGGGGUUGUUACUUCAGUUAGGCCUUCUUUUACAGUAAUGCUGAAGAAUGGCGGGGAAACCCAGAAAAGAGUCCUUCAACUGAAGGACAUGUCUGGUUGCAGUGUGGACAUAACCUUUUGGGGUAACUUCUGUGAUGCUGAAGGUCAGCAACUGCAGUCGCUGUGCGAUUCUGGUUUGAAUCCUAUACUUGCACUCAAAUCUGGCCGUGUAGGUGAAUUCAACGGCAAAACAGUGAGUACAACUAACUCAAGUUUGUUAAAAAUAAAUCCAGAUUUCGCUGAAGCUAAAAGGCUGGGGCAGUGGUACAUAACUGAAGGAAAAAUUGCUGCCUGCACUUCUUUAUCUGGGGAAAUGUCAAGCAUGGGCAGGACUGAUGUCCGGAAAAAAACUGCACAGAUCAAGGAUGAACGCUUGGGGCAAUCAGAAAAGCCUGAUUGGAUCACCGUUCAAGGUGCAAUUUCACAAAUCUACACUGAUAAUUUUUGUUACCCAGCAUGCACCACAGAGGUUAAUGGUAAGCGCUGCAACAAAAAAGUCAUAAAUAAUGGUGACGGGAUGUGGCUAUGUGAGAAAUGCGAGCAGAGCUCUGAGACGUGUGAGUAUAGGUACUUGCUGUCAUGUCAUAUCCAGGAUCACACUGGGUUUACCUAUGCUACUGCGUUCCAAGAGUCUGGCCAGGAGAUAGUUGGCCUCCCAGCACAAGAUCUUUUCAGGAUAAAGCAUGAAGAGCAAGACGAUGUACGGUUCGCAGAAAUCAUACAGCAGGUCCGCUUUCAGCAAUACCUAUUCAAGCUGAAAGUCAAGGAAGAAGUCUAUAAUGAUGAGCCACGUGUGAAGUGCAACGUUGUCAAGGCUGAAAUAUACGACCCAGCGAAAGAGAGUCGUUUUCUUCUGGGGGCGAUUGAUAGCCUUUUGGUGGAGGAUGCCUCAGGCUCGUCCCCUGGGCUGAAUGGUGGUCCUGCUGUUAAUACUGGUUUCAUUAACUCAGAAGCUGAUCAGAGUGUGCCAGCUUCCAACAAUUCCUAUGCCAUGAAUAUGGGUGGCCCAAAUCAGUUUGGGCAGCAAUUCAGCGCAUCUCAUGGGAUGCCAUCUGCACUUUCAGCAACACCAGCAGCAGGUAGUGGUGGCUUCGCGGCUAAUUCCUAUGGUCCUCCAGCUGCAUCUCGUGGGAUGCCGACUGCACCAUCAGUGACACCAGCAGCAGGUAGUGGUGGCUUCGCGGCUAAUUCCUAUGGUCCUCCAGCUGCAUCUCGUGGGAUGCCGACUGCACCAUCAGCGACACCAGCAGCAGGUAGUGGUGGCUUCGCGGCUAAUUCCUAUGGUCCUCCAGCUGCCAAUGCCAGCUCAGGCUUGUGCUUCAAAUGUAACCAGCCUGGGCACUUUUCUAGAGACUGUCCAGGACAGGCUGCCCCCUACGGUUCUUCAGUUGGCGGCAACGCCAACACUGGUCUGUGCUACAAAUGUAAUCAGCCUGGUCACUUUGCGAGAGACUGUCCGGCGCAGGGUGUUGGCCAGGAGCGCCAGAUGUAUGUGAAUGGCGCCGCAUCAGGAGGAUACAACAGGCAAUCCUAUGUUGGUAGCUAAGUAGUUUGGCCGAUCACUUGUUUUCCGUUGUCUAUUUUAGUACUGCUUGUAGUAUUUUCAUGUAUUUGCACUACUUGAUCUUGAUUGUCAAUAGCUGUUGACUGGAUAAGGAAACUAGUUUGCUACUCCCCCCGCCCUAUAAUACUCUUAAGACCUCUUUUGACACUAUGGCAGUGUAAAAAAUAUCUUAUAUUUUGUUAGAGGGAGUAAGAUGUUACUAUGA